ACGCUCGGAUGACCUUUGGUACAGGACACAGAACAGACUCAAACUGAGGCCACGGAAAUAAACAGAGGAGCUGAGCUGAUCCUCCACAUGUUCAUGACCUGAUCUGGAAUAACAGCAAAGAAUGGCUCCUGACUGUGCGAUCGGAUGAGUUGGAUUUAGCUUCAUGGAUUUUUCUGCCACGUGUAAAUCUUCUUCUUCCGAGUGAAAGACAACAAUGUUAUCCUUCAUCGCCUCGCUUUUUCCCACUUCCUUCCUGCCUGGUUGGUUGAUUUUAGAUGCAAAUCCACUGAUUAGUUUACUUCAAGGACUCGUAGGUUCGUGUGGGAUCGCUGUUCUGUGCUCCUUGAUGAGAGUGCACUUAUUUUUAGAAGACGAAAGUUGCAGGGAUGAAAAAGAAUCAUCAAACCAUAGCAGAUCCACUCAUCUCAGGAGAAGUAAAUCUGGACUUAGUGGGAGGAUCCACUUUUUCAUUGUGACUUUGUUACUGGCUGUAGUGGGAUCCCGUGUGGCUUCUUUGGUGGUACUAGAAUUCUGUCUUCGGGCUGUCUCUGGAUGGGUCACAGCUGGACCAGAUUCCAGGAAAUUUGUACAGCAGCUGUUAGUGCAAGGCCAGUUCUCUCUGGGUUGUGCCCUCAGCUGCAGUCUACACUUUCUCCACGAGGGGGCGUCCCAGCGCUGGCUAUCCCUGCUCUUGGCCGCAGCUCUCAGCUGGUUCCUGGCUCAGCAGGCCACACGCCUGCUGCAUCAUGUCACAGCUCUUUACAAACUCCACAGCUCACAGCACUACUGUGGCGUCUGCAUCGGCCUCCUGGCAUCGGGGGGUCGCCUGCUGCCCACACUGUGCAGGACGACCAUCAUCACCUUCUCUGUGGCUGUGGUCGCUGCUGUGUCAAUCAUUAAUCAACACUUCCUCUCUGCAUCAGAGGCCCUUAAGUUCUGGACACCACUGACCAUCUGUUACACACUGUUGGUGGUGUACAUGCAGGAGGAGCAGCACCGUCUGCCGAGCAGCCAGGCUGUCCUCAACACAGUGGUGGUGCGCCUCGGGGGGCUGAUGGUCCUGAUGUUGACUGUUGGACGCUGGGCUGACGUGAUCCACAUCCUAAUUUGUUUCUUGGGUGAGGCCAGCUGCCUGAUUCCCACCAUGGAUCUGCUGGAUGCAGCAUUAUAUCAGGAUGAAGAGGAUUACACAGACUAUGCAAAGAAGGAUCAUCGACAAAGGCCACGGGAAAAGGAGAAGGAGCACAAGUGAAAUUUUAAACUUGAGGCACUUCUUUUUAAUCUAGUUAUCUAAUGUAAGUCCUAUUAGGACAACACCAGCAAUGACUGACUGCUUUUGUAUUGAGAUUGUGUAAUGUUUUUCCAUAAAAAAGCAUAUUAUGACCGGUGAGCCAGUGAGUGAUUUUAAAUCAUAAUCUCAAUAUUGGAUAAAGGUGAAAAAGAACAUGUUUUGUUUAUUUGCAGAAAGGUAACAACUGUUUCCUCGGUGUAGAGCAUUACACUAACAUUAGACUAACAUUAUUCCAGAGUUUUGUCAUUUUCUGACACGGUCUCAGGUGACAGACCUGCAUUUGUACAUUUGUAUGAUGUCUUGGAUGAGUUCAUGCUUUACACCUCUUGACAAGAUUCACUUGUCCAUGUUUUCUUUCUGUGGGUCCAAUAAUAAUAUAGGGAGCUUUGACCGUUCCAUAACUGACGGACAGACGAAUAUAAAACAACUAAGUUAUAACGAGGCUUACACUGCUAUAAUCAGCUGUAUGAGGUAAUUAUGUUUUAUCACUAAAUGACGUCAAUUAAGGACGAAGAAAAAAAAAACCCAAUCUGCUUCA